ACACUGGUUUUUACAGCAGCGCUGUGAGAGCGACUGACCCCAUCAACACUUCUCCAUUAGGGUGCUACUAAAACACAGCCAUGCCACCCCCAGCUGAUAUCGUCAAGGUGGCUAUUGAAUGGCCCGGUGCUAAUGCUCAACUUAUAGAGAUGGACCAGAAAAGACCUUUGACCUCAAUAAUUCGUGAAGUAUGUGAUGGAUGUUAUCUUUCCAUCCUCAGCUGGUCUCUGUCUGGCUCAGAGCAGUUUGCCCUCCGUUAUGCUGAUGGCCCCCAGCUUUAUAUCACUGAGCAGAGCCGCAGUGAAAUCAAGAACGGGACCAUCCUUCGAUUGGCCAUUUCUCCUGCUCGUGCUGCUCGUCAACUCCUGGAGAGGAUCCAGUCCCAUGGUAUCGACGCUCGCCUGGAGGCUCUAAAAGAGCUAGCCAAGCUGUCCGCAGACCCGACCUUUGCCACAGAGUUCAUCAAUAUGGAGGGCAUUGGGACACUGGCCCGUCUUGUUGAGAGUGGCACCCACUUUGGUGAAAUGCUGGCUUUUACUCUCACUGCUUUCCUGGAGUUAAUGGACCAUGGCAUUGUGUCCUGGGACCUCAUCUCCCUCUCUUUCAUCAAACAGAUUGCAGGCUAUGUGAACCAGCCCAUGGUGGAUGUGUCCAUCCUGCAGCGCUCUCUGGCCAUCCUUGAGAGCAUGGUGCUCAACAGCCACAGCCUUUACCACCGAGUAGCACAGGAAAUCACCGUUGGACAGCUCAUCGGGCACCUGCAAGUGUCAAACCAGGAGAUCCAGACGUAUGCCAUUGCUCUCAUCAAUGCUCUUUUCCUGAAGGCACCAGAGGACAGACGGCAGGAGGAGUAUACUAACCCGCUGGAGCAGCACCUCACUGAAAUGGCAAGUACUUUGGCCCAGAAGCACCUGCGAUCCAUCAUCCUCAAUCAUGUUAUUAGAGGAAAUCGACCAAUCAAAGCAGAAAUGGCACAUCAGCUGUAUGUGCUGCAGGUUUUGACUUUCAACCUUUUGGAGGAACGAAUGAUGACUAAAAUGGAUCCUAAUGAUCAGGCUCAGAGAGACAUCAUUUUUGAGCUGCGUAGGAUUGCCUUUGAUGGAGAAAAUGAUCCUACCGGUACAGAAAAAAGAAAGGCAAUGUACACCAAGGACUACAAGAUGCUGGGUUUCACCAACCAUGUGAAUCCAGCCAUGGAUUUUACCCAGACUCCUCCAGGGAUGCUGGCUCUGGACAACAUGCUGUACCUGGCCAAAGUUCAUCAGGACACGUACAUCAGGAUUGUCCUGGAGAACAGCAGCCGCGAGGAUAAGCAUGAAUGUCCGUUCGGCCGAUGUGCCAUUGAGCUCACUCGGAUGCUGUGUGAGAUACUCCAGGUUGGAGAAUUGCCUAAUGAGGGCUGCAAUGACUAUCACCCCAUGUUCUUCACCCAUGACCGGGCAUGGGAGGAGUUCUUCUGUGUCUGCAUCCAACUACUAAAUAAAACCUGGAAGGAGAUGAGGGCCACUGCUGAGGACUUCAAUAAGGUGAUGCAGGUGGUCCGUGAGCAGAUCACCAGGGCUCUGGCCAUGAAGCCAUCGUCUCUAGACCAGCUGAAGAAUAAACUGCGAGGCCUCAACUAUUCAGAGAUUCUGCGCCUGCGACAGUCAGAAAGAAUGAGCCAGGAUGACUUCCAGUCUCCACCUAUCAUUGAGCUGCGGGAGAGAAUUCAGCCUGAGAUCCUGGAGCUCAUCAAGCAGCAGCGACUCAACCGGCUGUGUGAGGGAAGCUGUUUCCGUAAGCUGGGGAACCGCCGGAGGCAAGAGAAGUUUUGGUUCUGCCGACUCUCUCUCAAUCACAAAGUGCUGCACUACGGAGACUUGGAUGAGUCACCUCAGGGUGAAGUGCCUUUUGAGCUACUCAGUGACAAGAUCCCUGUCUCUGAUAUCAAGUCUGUGGUGACUGGGAAGGACUGCCCUCAUAUGAAAGAGAAAAGUGCUCUGAAACAAAACAAGGAGGUGCUGGAGUUAGCCUUCUCUGUCCUCUACGAUCCUGAUGAGACACUCAACUUUGUUGCACCCAACAAGUAUGAGUAUUGCAUCUGGACUGACGGACUGUGUGCGCUGUUGGGUAGAGAGAUGGGUAGUGACCUGACACGCAGUGACCUAGAUACUCUCAUCAGUAUGGAGAUGAAGCUUCGCCUCCUCGACCUUGAGAACAUCACAAUCCCUGAAGCCCCGCCCCCUGUGCCGAAGGAGCCUAGCUCGUAUAACUUCACCUACAACUACAGCUGAGAUGUGUGCUAGUGUGUUUGAGUGCGUGUUGGCAAAGCAUGCGUGUGUUUGUCAUGAAUGAGUUAACCUUUCUCCAUCUUUUGAUGAAUUUAACAGCAAGUGUGUGAUCCAGAAAUCCUAUUUUAUGUUGUUUUUUUUUUUUGUAAUAUGACAGGAUCCUGAAUCCUGGGGAGUUUCCUCUGUCUGUGUUUGUGAUGUUGUACGGUUUGUCAGAAGAGGAGAAGUUUGUUUACAGCUUCACACAGAGGUCAGCGGUCAGAGUCCAGUACAGAGCAGUAAAUUCAAUGAAGGAAUCUCAUUUUUUAGUGCAGUCUCCAGGCAACGUCUUGAUCUGGACUUGCCUUUCUUUGCUACUUAAAGGUAUAAACCUGCCAAGAAUGAUAAGAAUGAUGGUGCCGGAUGGUGAAUAUGGAUGGAAAGCUGUACAAAUCUGCAAAUUAGUCUUAACUUGAAUAUAUUGUAAUCAGAUGGUGGCUCAGUUGAGCCAUUUAUGUGGUCUCCAUGGCAACAGAAGGUGUAGUAGCUUGCUUUGCAGAUUCUAUACUGUGUUUCCUUUGAUGGAUGCACAUUGAAGCAUCACAUUGUCUGCAUCUCCUGUUGUCAGAGUGGAGUGAGUGAGCCUCAGAGUUUAAACUAUACUUAA